AGUAUUGAAAUAUCUUGGAGUAGUAGUGGCAGUGGUGGUGCAAAAUGAUGCAAUCUCAACAAAGGCAACUUCUCCGCCUCUCUUCCGCCGCCAACUUUAUCUUUCCCUCCCGUCCACCACCGCCACACCACCUCUAUUUUUCCGCCAGAACUACCAACCACUACACUCUUUGCUCUGCCCAACUCUCGGAGGAAGUCACCGCCAUCUCCUCCUCGCCUAUCCACUCUAUUCCUUCUCUCCUCUCUGCCUCCGGCGCCGACUCGUCUCUCCAGACCGCCGCCAGUCUUCUCAUAACCGGCGCUUUCAGUCUCUUUCUCUUCCGCACUUUCCGCCGCCGCGCCAGACAACAAAGAAAAUUGAGAUCAGCGCUAGCGGCGCCGUCUCUAGAGUUGAAAGGCAAGAAGAAGAAGGCGCCGCCAUCGGCAGAUGAGACGCUUCUCGGCGGCUUAAUAGCCGCUGCAUUUGGAAUAUUACUUUACAAACUCACCACCUCCGUUGAACACACUCUCAACAGCCAACCUCUCUCCCCCAAUUACUCGGUGCGCCAGAUCACCAUAACCAUUAGGACGAUAAUAAAUGGAAUGUGCUACCUGGCUACGUUUGUGUUCGGUUUCAACUCCGUGGGGUUGUUUCUAUACACGGGCCAACUCGCCAUGAAUCGUGAUCGCGUCAUUGAGGACAAACCAAAUUUCAACUCUAGUGAUCGAGAUCAAACCUCAGACAACCAAAACAAAACUGAUGGAUUCUAGUUUACGAACGACCUCUUGUAUUCUAUCAUUAUACACACGAGUACGACAACAUGUAGUACAUACAUACACACCAAGUAAAAUACCAUUAGAUACAUCAUGUCUCUGUUAUUUUUCUUGAACUUGUGAUUGAAUUAAGUGGUUGCAACUCCAUGUAGUUUUUUGCUUCGGUA